ACGACAAUAAAGGCGGAACUCCAUUCUCCAACAGGCUGCAUCCUUGAACCAAUCAGAGUGCGGCAUCCAUAACAUCCGUCACUCGGCCAAAACAACCAAAUUAAUUUCAACUUCUGAAGAACUUCCCAACAUCUUUCAUAUAUUUGCAUUCUUCAUCAAGCACCAGAACUUAAGAUUGAGAGAGUAGCUACCUAGCUCCAAUCACCUUUGAACCGUCCACGUUGCUAUUCCGUCGAUCACCGACUUAUCACUGCAGCCGCAACGCUAUAAAUCUGCGCUCUAACUCAUAAGCAUUUGAUCAAGGAUAUCGCCAACUUCCGACUACUCUGUAUAUUGACUGUUGCGGAGACUGCUGUGACUCGCGCCGUCCAGUGUUUACGAAUAUCUCCCUCCGUACCUGCCGGCAACGACACCGGAGUCCAACAGACAACAUCCACGAAGCAAAGAGUUCAAUUGAUUCUCUUGAUUGAUUGUUCCUGUGUUAUAUAUUCACUCAUCAAUUAUUUGUUCUUUUUACGUCGUUACGAUCCGUCUGCUAUAUCAAGAUGACUCUCGCCGAGGAAUUCCGCACACGUAAUUUCAGUAUUUAUGGGCAAUGGACCGGCGUCAUUUGCAUCUUCCUUUGCUUCGCCCUAGGUAUCGCCAACAUCUUUGCGCCCAUCGGCCGAAUUCCGUUUAGUAUAGUGUGUCUAUGCUGCGCAUUCGUCAUCCUCUUCAUCGAAGUACCCUUCCUCCUUCGCAUAUGCCCGACAUCCUCCAAAUUUGACGACUUCAUCCGCCGCUUCACCAGCAACUACAUGCGAGCUCUCAUCUACAUCGGCAUGAGUGCCGUGCAAUGGGUCAGUUUGGUGACUGGCGCAUCGAGCUUGAUUGCUGCUGCUGUGUUCUUGCUCAUUGCCGGUCUUUGCUAUCUUCUUGCUGGUGUCAGGAACCAGGAGUUCAUUGGAAGUAAGACUCUUGGUGGACAGGGUAUUGCGCAGAUGAUUGUGUAGUUCUGAUGGACUGUUGUGUUUUUUGAGCUAUCGAAACGAAGUCAGAUCGUGAAUUUGGAGUAUCGGUGCUUAUGAAAUUGGUCCUGAUUGAUUCCACGAUUGACAGAAAAAAAAAAAAAACCCCCUCCUUUUCCUUUUCUCGCUCUUAUCUACCUGUGUUACGAAGUGUAUCCGACACCCUCACGAGGAUUCUCAGCUUGACUUUCUUCCCGAGCAAGCAUGCACAUGUAUUAGUGUUUUUAUCCUGCAGGAGUUAUUGCCAUGAUUGUUACUUAUCAAGAUAUACUGUAUUGUAUACUUACGGCUGUUGUUUUGAUAGAUACCUAGGCACCUGAUCACCGCCUUGCGUUCUUGCCUCUAGGUAGAGAGAUUAAUUCUUGCCCAA